GCUAGACCUCAGAUGCCCCGCCCACCCUCACCAGACGAGUCCGUAACAUCACACGACACCUUCACUUCAGCCCAAGAGCCUCCUUCUCCAGAAUCAGAGUUCACAGACUCCGAAGCUCGUGCACUACUGGACGAAGCGUCGAAGCUUAAGGAACUGGGGAACGAAGCCUUCCGGAGUCAGAAGUGGGAGGAAGCGAGGGAGAAGUAUGAGCAGGCGCUGGGUUGUGUGCCUAUGGACCCGCUGGUUCGGCGGAGUGCUGACGAGGUUGAGCAUGGGGUGCCGGCGUAUGAGGUCCACCCGCCUGAAGAGGAGGACGAGCAGGAAGUCCCAAAUCCCAAUUCUGGGUCCGAUAACAGUAAAGGGAAAGAGAAAGAGAAUGGGACAGAGAACACCUCAGACCCCCCCGCCCCCGAGCCCGAGCUGAAAAAAGAAGCCCGCCUAGCCCGCGCCGUGCUCAACAACAACAUCGCCGCCUGCCUCUCCAAACAAAACCAGCCCGCGCUCGCGAUCGACUAUUGCACUCGGGCGUUAAACUCCGACCCGGGGUAUGGGAAGGCGCUCUAUAGGCGGGCGUUGUGUAGACAGGAAGUUGGUGGUUGGGCGGCGUUGAGCGGUGCGAAGGAAGACCUGAAGAAACUAGUCGAGAUCCUCCCCCCCUCUUCCCCCCUCUUACCUUCAGUCCGCAGCUCCCUCCUCACGCUCGAGCCCCUCCUAAGCUCCACAGCCGAAAAGGAAAAAGCAGAAAUGUUCUCCAAGCUCAAAGAUCUGGGUAAUUCCUUCCUGGGGAAAUUCGGAUUGAGCACGGAUAACUUCCAGUUCUCGCCUGAUGGGAAAGGGGGGUAUGCGAUGAAUUUCCAACGCUAG